AUGCCUGAGCCGAGAAUAUCUUCCUCAAUCCAAACACCAGGAGCUAGCUCACCGGGCUCCGCACCACACCUGCGUCAUCGGGGCUUCAACCAUUCCGCCACAACAUCGUUCGUUGAGCCAUCGUCACACCAGCCUCCUGGCCCGGGAAGGUUGCGACGCAGCUCGACUUUCUCUGAUACUGUUUCCGAGGCCCGCAAUUCCAUCAAAUCUUCCACUGAUAAUCUAUUCCUUCCACGGGUUAGCUCGCGCGCAAGGUCUCUGGACGAUAACAAUGAGUCCAACUGGCAGUCCGUCCCGCUGGCGUUGGCCUUGUUGCCGGCAGUCGGGGGUCUGCUAUUCCAAAAUGGAAGCGCAGUUGCAACAGACAUCACUUUAUUAGUUCUGGCAGCCGUAUUUCUUAAUUGGUCUAUUCGGUUACCCUGGGAGUGGUACCGUUCAGCGCAAGAGAUGUCACGAAGCAUUAUACCAGAAGAAGAUUUCGACAUGGAUGUAAUUAUUGAGGAGCCAGAGGAAUCCGAGCCUGAGCCGGAUAAUGAGGAGGAAGAUAAUUUGAAAGCCAAUUCUCAAGAACGGCUAUCUAGAAACCGGCAAUCCGAAGCAGUCAAAGCAGCCAUAGCAGAGCUUCGCCGACACGAAGUCGCAGCUCUGGCAUCUUUCUUCCUCCUCCCGUUAAUAGGUGCCUGGCUCCUACAUGCACUCAGAUCGCAACUCUCCCGACCCUCCGAAGGCCUCGUGUCCAACUAUAAUUUAACAGUCUUCCUGCUCGCCGCUGAAAUCCGCCCAUUGUCCCACCUGCUAAAAAUGGUCCAGGCACGAACCCUCCACCUCCAACGCGUCGUGACCUCAGGCAACCAAGACCGCCGCGAGAAAAUCGACGCAAGCAAAAUCCUCGACCUCUCUACCCGCCUCGGAGAACUAGAAGCCCACAUUGCAGAAUCAGCCAGCCAGAACCAGUACCGCAUGACACACGGACAAAACGAAAACCUCUCCCCGACCUCAUCCACAACCAAAUCCACCCUUCCGGACAAUACACAACCCACACAACCCGACCUCUCAGCCCUCACCCGCGCCAUGCGCCGCUACGAAAAACGCACAGCCCUGCACGCCCACGAGACCGAAACGCGCCUCCAAUCUCUCGAAAAGCGGCUGAACGACGCCAUCGCGCUCAGCAACGCGGUUGCGGCGCAGCAGCGGCAGCAGCGUAGCACAGCAGCGCCCCGUGUCUCGCCGGUGUAUAUAUCAUUACUAAACUGGAUUUGUGCUGCUAUUGUGCUGCCGGCGCAGAUGGUUUGGGGAUUGUGCCGUAUGCCGUUUCGGAUGGCUAGGUGGUGUUUGUGGUGGAUUGGACUUGGCGUUACCGCUGCUGGUAGUAGUAAGGGGGUUAGAGGUGAUGGGGCAAAUGUAGGGAAGGAGGUAGUAGGCAGGGGGAAGAGUGUUGGCAACGGCAGCGUUAAGAGUGGUGGUGAUGGUAAUGGUAUUGUCGGUGGGAAACGAAAAUCUAAGCCAAUUUCUAUAUCGAGGGAGUUGAUGAGGUCUGUCUCACCUGCUGGUGGUGGUGGUGGUGGUAGGUUGCAACAGCGCGAGAUCGGGACGGGGAGGCUGCCGAUCUCGAGUUUACAUCUGGGAUGA